AUGACAAAGCGUAUUCCUACUGCUCCCCGCCGACCCAACCUACGCAUGAAUGCUGUUCUUAAUAGCACAAUUGCAGGUGUUAUUGCUCCAAUUGAUACACCAACUCCAGAAGUAGCAGUUGACACAGCCCCUGAAGUUCAAGUCGCUGUGACCCCAAUGGAUCACGUCCUUACCUUGUUGGCAGCCAACAAUGUGUCGAUGCAAUCCUUGCAAGAAAAUGCAAAAGGAGUGACUGAUGCAAUAACUCAUUUGAAGAAUGGCCUGGAUUUGUCCAACAAGACAAAUGAAUUUUUGAAGAACUCGGUCCUUCAGCUCAUGACUGAAAAUGCUGAAAUAAAAAAGGCAAUGACCAGCCAAAAUUCCGUGAUGCCUUCUGCUGUACCAGUGGAUUCUUCUUCUUCCAUGGAUGAUGAUCUUGACCUUGGAGUGAAACAUCAUCCCUUGAUUUCUCAACUUAUCAAUAGUUACAUCAAGAAACCGAACUUUGUUAGCACAGACCUGCUCAAAGUUACUGAGAAUAAUAAUAGAUCAGCAUGGUCAAUGACUGGCACGUAUGGCGACAAGUACAACAAGACACUUGCACUGGCUCUCUUCAAGUACCUGAGACCUCAAAGAUGUUGCACAAAUGUGUCAAAGAGUGUCAUUAUGAAUAUAAUAAAGAAUCACUACCAAAAUCAACUUCUUGACCGUUGUAUUAUCACGUACCAGACAUACACAGAGGCUAUUCAUGAGGGCAUGAAUCGAUGUGAUUGCGGAAAUAUUCUUUCUAUUGACGUGAUGUCUGAUGGCAAGUCGGAUGGAGAUAACAAAGUGCGGGCAUAUCGUCCCAGCUGGAGAACUGAUGAGCUCCAGACGUUUAUUAGUACUAUUGAUGAACUUACUGUUAUCCGUUUGAAGAAAAAUUCAGAAAGCUUGAAAAAGCGCAUCCCUUAUGAGAAAGAAGUGAGCAUUCCCAAGAAUUUGGCAGUCACUUUACCAGAUUGGUGCUUUUCAAAAUAA